AAUCUUAAAAGCAUAUGCUUUUGGAAUCAUUAAUAAGAAGUGGUCGACUUCGAGCAGACGUUCAAGUGCCUGGGGUUCUAUAAAAAGUGAAAUUAAUAAAUUUAGUCGCCGAAACCAAGUGAAAAACAAACAUGAAUAUAUACGCAGCCAUAAUUUUGGCGUUCUGUGUCUGUACUGUAACAGCAGAGGAACUGGUUAGCAGGCGUGAUUUCCAUAAAUUACAUUAUAGCCAGCAUCAUCAAACUGUACAAGAGGCUAAGCAAAAUCUGGGAGAUGUAGCUGCUGGAUUUGAUGGUCAACACCAGGCUUCAUUCGAAGAAGUCGGUUCCUAUGGAGGAGUCGGUACAGUCGGACUUUCAAGUGGCAGCAGUGGCUACGGUAGCAGUGGCGGUGGCUACACUGGUCUUCAAAGUUCAUCUGGCCUCUCAAGUUCUUCUGGCUUAUCCGGCCUUUCUGCCGCUGAAUUGGCAAGUGGUUCAUCUUUCGGUGCCUCUAGCAACAGCGCUGCCUCGUUUGGUGCCACUCACUCGGCCAACUUUGGUAGCUCUGCUUCAUUUGGUGCCAAUUCGAAUUUCGCUAGUGGUGCCAGCAAUGGUGCUUCUGUAGUUAUACCCGUAACUUCUGGUAGUGCAUCAAGCAGUUUCACAGAACAAUCUGAAAGUGUCCAGCAGCAAGUUGUCCCCGAAAUAGUUGUAUCAGGUGGUGCCGCUGGUGGUCACGAAAGCUAUGUGCAUCAUGAGGAACGUCGCACUGAGAGCCAACCCGUUAUUACAUACACUGCACCUGUCGCUGGUGCUGAGAACUACGUACACCACGAGGAACGUCGCGUACAAACCCAAACCGCAGCCCCGAUUGUGACAUACGCGCCAUCGGGUGGUCACGAAAGCUAUGUUCACCACGAAGAACGCCGUGUUCAGAGUCAGCCUGUCUUCCAAUAUACGGCACCAGCUGGUGGGUCUGAAAACUACUACCACCACGAAGAACGUCGCGUACAGGCCCAACCUGUUAUUCAGUACACUGUGCCCAGUGGCGGUUCAGAGAACUACGUGCAUCAUGAGGAACGCCGCACGCAGAGCAAGGCGCUGCCUGCCAUCCAAUACACCGCUCCAGCUAGUGGUCAAGAGUCUUACCUUAAGUACCGUAAAGUUACUACUUCGGCACAACCGCAGGUGAUUGUCCCAGCUGCCGGUGGCACCCACUCGUCAUACGUUCAACACUCAGCUUCCUCGAACGUGGCUUCUCAACUCAACAACCUAUUAAGUGGCGCACUUAUAACUGGUCAAACAUCCUACUUGGGUGCAGGUGGACACGGUUCCAGCGCUCUAACAGCAGCUAAUUCGGGUUACGGCGGACAAAGCCGUUUCGGUUCUCAGAGCGGCUUUAACGCCCAUCAUGGUUUUGGUGCGCAUAGUAGUUUUGGAGCGCAGAACGGUUUGAGCGCACUUAGUGAUUUCGGUGCCGGUACUAAUGCCGCACUUACUCAGGGCGUUCAAUAUGGAGCUCAGUCGAAAUUCGGGUCACAAUUCGGGACUGAGUCCAGCUUUAACUCCAAAUUUGGUUCAUCUUUUGGUGCAGAAUCUGCAUUUGGCGCAAACUCAGGCUUAUCCUCAGGUGUAGGCGUCGGUGCAUCGGGCUUACAUCAUUACAUUUCUGAGUCUGAGCGAUUGGCAAAGGCUCAAGCCCAGGAUAUUGGUGUUGGCGGUGUUCGCACCGGUGGUGGUCAGUUGUCUGACUUGUCGGCAGGCUAUGGCAGCAAUCUGGGACUUUCAGCAGGCUUAGCAGGCUCCGGUGCUGGUUACAAGAAUAAGUCUUGGGAGAAGGCUUCUAAGUGGUCCUCGCAAUCUGAGUUCGGACCCGAUGGGCAAGUUAAAAACUAUAAGGAACUGUCAACUGGUGAAAGCGAAAACUAUGACAUUAAUGGCCAGCGUGUUGGCUACAAGGCUGCCACAACGACGCUCGACGACAACGGCAAGGUCAGCAGCUACAGUCUUCAUACCUAAAAACCGUUUCGAUUUCAUAAACUUAAAAUACUUUAAUGUGUUCUUUACGCUAAGACAAUCUGCGUCUUUUAUUUCAACGCUAACAUAAAAAUAUUACUUCAGAAAGUAAAGAAAAACUUUUAAUUUAAAUAAGUUGUAA